CAUCUCUUCCCCAUGCUCCUCCUGCUGCUGUCUCAGUUGGCGGCUCCUCUUGAACCUCUCUCUUGGCUUGAUCAAACUGUUUGGCUGGCACCCCCUGCCAGUCAUGCCCUCGGGGAAAAAAACUCUUGACCCGCUUAUGCCACUCCGCAGCAUGGCUGGCAUUCAGCUUCCAGUCCACUUGUUGACACUGCUGAUCAGCUUGGCUCUUCAAGGCCCAUCACCAUCCCUGGGAGACAAUAUCGACACCUCUGCAGCAGCCCUGUUCUUCUCCAAUGUCAGCAAGCAGUUUGGAUAUCAGGUCUUGCAGAUUGGGAAAGGCUCUGAUGCAAGGAUCAUCGUGGGAGCCCCUGGUGAGCAGAACUCGACAGGCAAAGUGUACCAAUGUAAUAUGAAGAGUGAGGAGUGUCAAGAAGUUCCACUUGAGGGGGGCUCCGGAACGUCCCACCUCGGCAUGACCCUGGCAAGCGACAUGCAGGAGUCGAAGAUGAUUGCAUGUGGGCCGGGAGUUGCAGAGCACUGUGACAAAAAUCUUUACCUGAGUGGGAUCUGCUAUCUGUUUGAUGCCAAACUGCACAACUUCAAGAACAUAAAGACUGGAUACCAAAAAUGCCUGAAAGGGAACGUGGAUCUGGUGUUUCUCUUUGAUGGGUCAGAAAGCAUGAAAACUAGUGAUUUCAAUACCAUUAAGGAGUUUAUGAUCAGUGUGAUGAAGGAACUACACAACAGCACCAUACACUUUGCUGCCGUGCAGUUUUCAACGGACGCCACAAUCGAAUUUGAUUUUAACAAUUACACUCGCAAUCCCAACCCUCAAGAGCUCUUGCAGAAUGUGAGACACAAGAAAGGCAUUACGGGGACCUUCGGGGCCAUCAAAUGUGUAGUGGAAGACGUUUUCAUUCCUGAACGCGGCAUGCGGAGAGAAGCAAACAAAGUGAUCAUCAUCAUCACAGAUGGAGACGCCACAGACAGAGACAGCUACAGAAUCAUAGAAGUCGCUAAGAAAAAGGGAAUUUUACGCCUCAUCAUUGGGAUCGGGUUGCAUUUUAACUCACCUGAAUCCCAAAACAAGCUCCAGCGAUUGGCUUCUGAACCCACAGAGCAGUUUGUGAAGGUCCUUGCCAGUUUUGAGGAGCUCAAAGACAGCUUCAACGAUCUCCAGUCUAAGAUCUAUGCGAUCGAAGGUACCAGUGAUAGUGGCUCAUUCCAUCUGGAGUUGUCAUCAAGUGGACUCAGUGCAGACAUAUCCCAGGGACGGAUGGUCCUGGGUGCUGUGGGUGCUGACAACUGGGCAGGGGGACUGCUAGAGCAGCAGAAGGGUUUGGCUGGUGAAAGGUUCAUCACCACCCCUUUGAUCAGGAAGGAGAUGGAAGGAGCCUACUUAGGGUAUGCACUGAAAUUCGUACAGCGUCAACAGAGAGAGGUCUAUGCUGUUGGUGCCCCUCGAUACCAACAUGUUGGAAGAGUCCUCAUAUUUGAGGUCAACCCUAGCACUACUAACUGGACAUUGAAGCAGGAGAUUCCAGGAGAGCAGAUUGGGUCAUAUUUUGGGGCGGUGCUUUGCUCCAUGGAUGUAGACGUCAAUGAUGAGGCAGACCUGCUCCUUGUUGGGGCUCAUCAGCAUUUCACUGAGACAAGAGGGGGUCGGGUUUAUGUGUACACCUGGGAAGAGGAUAACCUUGUCCCCUGUGGGGAGCUUAUCGGGGAUCCAGGAUACCCCUUGGGCAGGUUUGGAGCAGCCAUUACGGACCUGGCAGAUAUCAAUGGGGAUGGACUGAUGGAUGUGGCUGUAGGAGCCCCCUCGGAAGAUGGGGGGAAGGGAGCUGUCUACAUCUUCAAUGGACAGGGGAAGACCCUGCGUAUGCAGUACAGCCAGAGAAUUACAGGAGCCAGCAUUUCUCCCAGCUUGAUGUUCUUUGGACAGUCUAUUUAUGGAAAGACAGACCUCAAUGGAGACAGCCUCACCGACAUUGCAGUGGGAGCUCUGGGGAAGGUGGUGGUGCUUUGCUCCAGUCCCAUUGUUACAUUGGUCACAAGGAUGCAGUCCUCACCUAAGGAAAUUCCACGAGAUGAUGUGGAAUGUUCAGGGGAUACCAGCUCCUGGCAGAAUCUGGCAGUCAACCUCAGCAUCUGCUUCAGCACCAGCUUGGUCACCAAGAGCUACCAAGGACACCCCUCUGCCAACCUCUCCUUCCACAUGGAGAUCGAUAGAAACAGGAUGAGGAACCGAGGAGUGUUUAAUAAUGGCAAGAAGGUCACAAAUGGGGUGCAGAAAAUCUCUAAGGAAGAAGUGUGCAUACAGGAGAGCAUUCACAUCACGAACUGCAUUGAGGAUUACAUCUCGCCUAUCAAAGUCUUUAUGAACUUCUCCCUUGAGGAUGACAAUAACCCUAACAAGGGGAAUCUCAGACCUGUUCUGAGCCCCCUAAGCAACACGACAACGGUGGAGAUUCCUUUUGACAAGCACUGCGGGGAAGAUGAGGUGUGUGAGGCUGACCUGCAACUCUCCUUCCAUGAUUCAGGGUCUAAGGAACUAGUUGUAUUUCCUGGAAGGGACCUGAACAUGAGCUUGGAGCUGGAGAACCGCAAAGAGGAUGCAUACUUUGUGACCCUACGUGUGCCUCACAUACCAGGCCUCUCCUUUCGCAAAGCUUAUGUGUCCAAUGCUCAGAUAGUUGUGAGCUGUGAUGGGCUCCUGGACAGUCAGCACUUCAAGGGCCUCUCUUGCAACAUCAGCCAUGCUGUUUACAAGGAUAAUACUAAGGCUUUGAUUCAGCUCAGGUUUAGCAUCCUUGACAACUGCUCCUGGGGAGAUUACUUGGAGAUGGAGGCUUCUGUCAGAAGUGACAAUGAGGCGAAUGACACUCUUCAUGACAACAAGGCCAGCCUUGCCAUCCCUGUCCAGUACCCUGUCAACAUCAUUGUCAAGGAGUUAGAAACAUCCAGCCGCUAUGUUGACUUCCGGUCUACAAAUCAGGAAAACAAGACCAUGACACACUCAUAUGAACUAACAAACCUGCCCAUGGGCGCUUUCACGCCUCCUGCAUUGACGGUGUUUGUGAAGGUGCCAAUCACGUUUCCUGCCGGCCUGAUAUGGAAGGUGGAUGACAUCCAGACUGUUCCCCCUGUGAAGUGCAAACCUGUUAAAAUGAACAAAACAAUCACAAACAGUCAAGUCAAGUUGACUGAGCAAUGUAUGUCUGGCGAAUAUUGCAUCUAUCAAUGUGACCUUGGACAGACAAAUUCCUCUGUGAUCCAUAUUAUGGGGAUGAUGUAUGUCACAAGCAAAAUUGAGCAAUUAUCUCAGUUCAAGGUUUGCACAGCCUUGUGGUUUACGUUUGACACCAGAAGAUACACAAAUUUCUACCAGACUCAAUUUGCUCCAUUUCAGGUUGCUGAGGUGGAGAUGAUUUAUGAGAUGAACUAUCUCCCUAUUAUAAUAGGCAGUGGCGUGGGAGGCUUGGUCGUGCUAAUUCUCAUCAUUGUAGCACUUUAUAAGUGUGGAUUCUUCAAACGUAGUUAUAAAGAGAAGAUGGACCUUCAAGAAGAAAAUGAGAACGUGUUAAAACCAGAAGGCAACCUGGUGGAUGAUGCAGAGAAAGCCAAAUUGGAAGACAGUGAAGGGGAUGAAAGUGAAAAGGAAACCAAAGACUUUACAGAACCACUGAAUGAAGAAGUUGAGACUAAAUGAACAGAUCACUUUCUUCCCCACAGACUAGAGCCACAAUACUUGGCUUGAAUGUUCAGUGUGCAGGAGAGGAAAGAGAGACUUUUCUGGUGCCAGUAGUGAGGACUUUCACUCAAUCUCUUGCAAUUCACACAUGUGGAAAAUGGGGCUGUGAUUGCAUUUAUUUCUGGUAUUUCCACAAGUGGUCUUGGAAGAAUACCCGUCAUCUGUAUGCACUGGAACAGCAGAUUGCAGGUGGAUAUGAGGGGGACAGAAACAAGCAGCUGAAAGCAGGAAUUGCAUUCUUGUGGACGAUUGUGCUUGUGCUUCCCUGCUGGCCCUUAAUGAAAAGAACAGGCACUGGUUUACAUCUGUAUAUCAUAAGGUUCUUUUCUAGAUAAUAAGCCAAGGAAGUUACCCUUCCCCUCAUAUCAGAGGUGAUGAUUCUGUAAGAACAUAUCCCACCUUUUCUAGGCUUUUAAUAGAUACUUUUGUGAAGUGGCAACUAUGAAAGUCAGUUUAAUUUUUCCUCCACUUUUAGAAACAAUUAAUUCUAUGCUUUUUACUCUGAGGUAAUCCCCACGUAGUUCAAUGGAUCUUACUCCUAAGUAAACAUACAUAGAAUUGCAGCCACAGAUUUUUAGGAAAUUCAGGCCAGAAUUAAGCAUAAAAGAACAAGUGAGAUAUUUUUACAUAACAUCUGUGUCCUUCCAAAUUUGGUUUUUCCAAUAGAUUAAUUUUGUACUUUAAAUUAACAAAUCUUGCCCAAUUACAUUUAAAUUAAAUAUCUUAGUAAUUUAUCUUUUCUCCCUCUGUCCCUCCCCACAAUAUUUGUUUUGGUUUUAUUUACUUUUCUUCCUUAGGAUAUUCACCAUGUCUUACUAGGUCACCAGAUAGAACCCAAAGUGCUUUAAAAAACCCAGUAACUUUUAACAACAUAAUCAAGCCUGCCACAAUAUAACUGCUUUUGAGAAGAUCUAUAUAGUAAAAAACAGUGUGAGAAGAUGAAAUUCAACUAAUGUAGUAAGAUGACAGCUUCACAGAAGGUGGGCCAGAAUACAAAGAUGUGAGAGUUCAUUUAAAUUGUAAUGAAAGGAAAUGAUUGGCCAAGAACCAAAAGGAUAAUUUAAGUGCCCCUGAGGCUUUGGGUACACUCUGUAAAAUGUUUGGUUUUUUCUCUUUGAAUGGCUGACCUCCCAUGCUGUAUCACAAACUGCUAAUGAAACUCCAAUCUGUUUCAAAAGAGGUUUGCUGUGAUACUGUUUGAGAAACACAAAUUCACACCUCCUUUAGGUAUGCAGAAUAAAUCAUGCAGCUAUCUGGAUCAAGGCCAGCAAGUUCUGAUCAGCUCAUCUAGGCUUAGCUGGCAUUUGUAAGUGUACAUUCAUUCUGCUUGCAAAUAAUAUACACAAAUAAGUGUAUCCAAAAUGCCUGGGCUAUAUAACAUCAUCUGUUUUGAAAUUGAUUUGAAAAAUGUUUAGCCUGACUACAACCCUGACCCCAAAGUUAAAAGAAUUCAAAGCACUUGAGUGGAUUCAAAAAGAGCAUUUAUUAGUUCUUAAGAUGGAAACAUGGAUAAGAGCAAGAAAUAAGAAUGUUACAAAAAAAACUACAGUUAGGGCUGGGCAAGGGUCUGGAGCAUGCAGUAAGAGUUUAAAAAGCUGUUCUAGUUAAAUACUGGAGUCUUACAUAUGUCCUGAGAGUCUGGGCUCCUAAGUAAUAACAGUGAAAAUAAAACAACAAAUGUUUUUUGCUCACACAGCACCUUUUUUAGCCAAUGAUUUCAAAAUUUCCAGACUCAGUUGAGGUGUCCUUCCUAGCAAAUCAAUUCAAGGACUGUAACAAGAAUUGCUUAGAGCAGUAAAGGCACCCACCUAUUUAUGAAAAGGCACCUACCUAAGGGAGGAGCUGUAUAGGUUUUUAAUAUAACAUAGUUUGGGUUGGGGAGCAUGGCACACCAUGUACUUAAGGGUAAGACUUAAAAACUGAUUGAAUAAAAUCACCCGAUUUGGAAUUAAUUUGAUCAGCAAAUGGCACAAGACUUGGGACAACACAGGAAGCUGGAUCAUCAUACAGGUUGACCAUGAGGCAGCCACUUGGUGACAUCUAGUACAGGCAUGCAAGUACUUGGAGCAAAGAACACUUUCAAGUGGAGAGCAGUCUGGACAAAAUCUCCCACAGACCCAAACAU